AAGUGCAACGAGGUUUGUUGAUUAAAAGCAAGUCAGAAGUGAAUAGUUUUGUGCAGUUUUGAACCAUAAAUAGAAGAUAGGAUACAAACGAGAGGUUGUACCUGAAGAAGAUGGGUUCAACCGAGAAGCAGUUGGAUGAUCAUCAGCCGUCCAUUAAGAGAUCAGAAGACGACGAUGCAUGUCUCUAUGCCAUGCACCUGUCCAGCUCUCACGUUUUCGCCAUGGUAUUGAAAGCUGCCGUGGAGCUCAACCUGUUCGAAAUCAUUGCUCGGGUGGCUGCAAGCCCUGCAACCGCCGAUGCUUACCUGUCGACCUCUGAGAUUGCUUCUCAACUUCCCACAAAAAACCCCGAUGCCCCUUCUCUGCUUGAUCGCAUGCUCCGUUUACUUGCAAGCUACUCACUUCUUACUUGCUCUGUGCGCACCGGUAAAGAUGGAAGUGAUGAGAGACUCUAUGGACUCGCACCCGCCGGCAAAUUCUAUGUUCAAAAUGAAGAUGGAUACUCUCUAGCUUCCAUGCCACUAUUUUCUCAUCACCCAGCCGCUGCAGAGGUACGGCUUCAUCUUAAGGAUGCUAUUCUUGAAGAAGGCAAUACAUUUGAGAAGGUCCAUGGGAGAUCCGCCUACCAACACAUGAACGCUGAUCCAACAUUUAAUAAAGUUUUUAACAAGGCUAUGGCUGAUAUCUCUGGAAUAACCAUGACAAGAAUGCUUGAGACAUACAAAGGAUUUGAGGGAUUAUCAUCGCUGGUUGAUGUUGCUGGUGGCACUGGAGCAACCCUCAACAUGAUCAUUUCUAAGUACCCUUCCAUUAAAGGCAUCAACUUUGAUUUGCCUCAUGUGAUACAACAUGCACCAUCUUAUCCAGGUAUUGAGAAUGUUGCAGGAGAUAUGUUUGCAAGUGUUCCAAAAGGUGACGCCAUUAUGAUGAAGGCUACAUGUCACAACUGGAGUGAUGGACAUUGCAUAAAAAUUUUGAACAACUGCAAUAAAGCACUGCAACAAAAUGGAAAAGUGAUUAUCAUUGACUAUAUAAUGCCAGAGGCACCUGAGUCAAGUGAUGCUGCGAAGUAUGUUUCUUCCCUUGAUAAUGUCAUGCUUGUUAACCUUGGAGGGAAGGAAAGAACUGAGAAGGAGUUCGAGGCCUUGAGCAAGAGUUCGGGAUUUUCGGGGUUUCGUCUUGUCUGUCGUGCUUACAAUGUUUUUGGAGUUAUGGAACUUUACAAAUAAGCCUCCAAAUUACUCUUCUACUUUCGUUGCCAAUAAAUGUUUUGUAUGAACAAGUCACAUAUAUAUCAUCAUAUGUAAGCUUUGCAUGUGCUUAGGGGUGAAAAUGCGGGCGGAUAAUAACUGUUUGUAUCCGUUAUCUGCACUUAUUCACUAUUCGUUAUCCAUAUAUGCAGAUGCAGACGUGGAUAGUAAAAGUUAAUAUCUACACAUGUGGAUGCGGAUAGCGGUUUUAGGGUAUUCACGUUCCUUUAUAUAUAUAUAUAAUGUUUCUAAAUUUAUGUUUUUUAUA